CUGUUCCUUAGUCACGGUACCGUAGUCCUUUACACACAGAAUUGACUAGAACAAUUAUGGAGAAAUUGGAAAAGCCUCAAAUAAUUUGUCACAUUGAAAAAUCAGUAAAUUAUUCCUUAUUCGAUACGAAAUGGAUACCGUGCAGUGCAAAAUUCGUGGUUAUGGGCUCCCGACCGCGUGGUAGCGGUAUUAUACAAAUUUACGAAGUUUCUAGUGGUGAAUUAAAGCUUGUUAAAGAUAUUGAAAGAUCACAGCCGAUAAAAUGUGGUACUUUCAAAGCUUCCAGUUGGAAAGACAGAUACUUGGCAACAGGGGAUUUUCAGGGUAAACUGAAUAUCUACAACUUGGAAGAUCCUUCAAUACCAAUUUACACAGCUAAUGCUCACAAUGAGAUCAUAAAUAGCAUUGAUGGAGUGGCUGGACAAAGUAUUGGAUGUGGUGCACCUGAACUAGUAACUGGCUCCAAGGAUGGAAGUGUUAAAGUUUGGGAUCCCAGGCAAAAAGGGCGUCCAGUAGCUACUAUGGAACCCAAAGAAGGAGAAACCCGUAGGGAUUGUUGGACAGUUACAUUUGGAAACUCUUACAAUUCGGAAGAAAGAGUUGUGGCUGCUGGUUAUGAUAACGGAGAUGUCAAAAUGUUUAAUUUGAGAACAAUGUCCCUUCAAUGGGAGAGUAAUCUCAAUAAUGGAGUCUGUAGCAUUGAAUUUGACAGGAAAGAUAUCCCAAUGAAUAAAUUGGUGGUAACUACCUUGGAAUCCAAGUUCUACUUAUUUGAUUUAAAAGUGCAACACCCUAAAAAAGGAUUUGCCUAUCUUACUGAGAAGGUACAAUUUAAAUCACAAGACUAAAAUUCUAAUGCGGUGUACAUUCAUCCUCCACUCAGUCUAAUUUGAGUAAUGUUCUAGGCUCACAAUUCAACAGUAUGGUUGGUCAGACAUUUACCACAAAAUAGGGAAAUAUUCGCCACCUGUGGCGGUGGUGGAAGCCUUUGUCUCUGGAAAUACAAUUAUCCAGAGAGAAGGAAAUUAGUAGAUACGGACGGCAUACAUCAAGGAGUCGUUGGUAAUUUGAGUCUUUUACAAAAUAUUACUCUUUCAUCACAACCCGUCAGCUCUUUGGAUUGGAGUCCCGACAAACAAGGGCUGGCGGUUUGUACUGCAUUUGAUCAGUGUUUAAGAGUCAUAAUCACUACAAAACUUAAUACCUUUUAAGCAAACAGACCGAAACAGUCGUAAACUUCGUAUACAGUAAGAAUUUACGUCUCGGCCAUAUAUCAUCACCAGUACGUUGUUAAUAUCACAUGCUAAAAAGGCACUCUGCCAUU